AAUCAGUUCGUCAAAUGAGUUAAAUAAUAAAUGAUUAAAGAUUAAACGCGCUUGCGUUACUCGUCGGUAGCAUUUAUCUGUCAAAAGUUGUUGCGAGUCGUCAAUGCUCCUCGAUAUAUAUCACAUACGAGAGAAAACGCGAGUGUUUCAACCAUUUUAUGUUCUAUAAAUUAUAAUAUUUAUAAAUAAUAACUUAGUUAUAUAUUCAUCAACUUGUCUGCCUAAAAAAAAAAAAAAACGAAAUUACUUGACAAGUACAUAAACAAAAAUAUAUAAAUUUAUAUUAAGCGUAUAUUUUUUAUCGAAUAUAUACUUUUAUAUAAACAUUUUUAUCAUCACAUUGGAAAAAUAUAGUUUACAUUAACCUCAAAAAACAAUAAUUUUGACUGAAUUUAAUAAAAAUCAACAAAAUAUCACGUCAAAUGCCUUAAAAAUUUAUUAUUAUUAUCAAUAAUAUGCUUGAAAGUUAUGUGAUAUUUUUUUAAAAAAUUAACUUAGAUAAUUUAAAAAAAAAAAAUAAAAAACUUUUCUAAUUAUAAAAACAAAAAAUGUUAAAAUUAUUUUGGUUUGUUAUUCUUGCCCUUACAUUUGGAGUUAAUGCUCAUAAUAUUACAAAAUUAGGAAAAAAAUGUGAUGCUAAUAAGUUACCCGUUGAUUGUGGAAAAAAUCAAGAAUGUGUUGGUAACAUAAAUCAAACAUUCCACUGUUACUGUGCACAUGAUUUUGUGGAAUCCGAUGGUGAAUGUUUGAAAAUGUCAACAACUGCUGCUGCGUCUAUUGAUCCAACAGAUCAACAAUCUAAUAAAUCAUCAGGUAGUUCGGUUGCCAUUGGAUUAUUAAUACCGACAUUUUUAUUAAUUUUUGGUGGAGUAGGAUUUUGCUGUGCAAGACGAUAUCGAUUAUUACCAUGCCGACAAAAUAUAUAUGGUAAUGUUUUGGUAACAAGAGAUGAAGACGAUGAUGAUGAUCCACCGAUCGCGUAAAAUAAAACAAGACUGAUAUAAUUAAUAUAUUUCGAAUUCUUUGUAUGUAUCUUUUAAAUUUUUUAAAUUUAAUUAAUUCUUAUAUUUUUUGUAAGUCGAACAAAGUAAAGUGAGUAUACUAAGUAAGAUAAUGGAUUAAAAGUUGGGCAUUUUUUUUAACUAAAUAAAGUUGAUUAGUCACUUAUAAGCCAUUUUUAUACAAUUAACGUAAAUAAUGUAUAAAUAAAGUGUGUAUAUGUAAUAAUUUUUUAUAUGAUUAUAAAAUUUAAAAAAAGGAAAAACAAGGCCAAAUGUGUAAAUAAAUGAUUAAUAAUGUUCAUAUUUAUAUACUUCAUUACAUUAAUGAUAAUAUAAUAACUAUAACGAUAAUGAACUGAAUAAUACAAACUAAAAUUUAUAAAUAAGGAAAUAUUAACUGUGAAAAAAUUUUUCAUGCGCAUUUAAUAUGUGCAAUUAUUUU